AUGCGCCUGGACGGGUGGCCACAGCCGACAAGUGCGGGGCUGUGCAGUUGGCGACGCCUGCUGGUCGAGUUCGUGGGGGAGGCGUUCUUACACGAACGUUUGGUGAUUAAAGCACACCCCAACGGCGGCUCAGCCUGGAUUGCGACGCCUGAUCAGGACGAGUACGAGGAGGACUACCGUAACGAUCCCGACAUCGUGGGGGUCACCUUCCUGGAUGAUGCGGGUCGCCCUCCAGCGCCGCCCCACUUGCCGGUGUACGCCUUUCGGGCUGCCCCGACUCAGGCGGUCCUGCAGGCAGCGCUCGGCAACGCAGAGGUGCAAACUCAGCUGUUGGGCUGGGGCCAGCCUGUCGCGGCGCCGCAGGUCCAAGCGGGUGCGAUCGGUGUCCCAGGCGCGGGGAAGUGGCUCCUGGCGGAGCCGUGCGGCAACAUGAAGAUCGGGGAUGAGGCGCCUGUUGCUCCCACGGGCCCGUUCGCGAGCGUGAAGGCGGUGUCGACCUGCACGCUGCCGUCGGGCAACACCGUGGCCGUCUUCGUGGAGUGGGUGCCGACGCAGAAGGUUGGCAGCUGCAGGGAUGACAAGAUCGAUCUCUACGCAUCAGAGGUGAGUGAUUGUCGCAUUAUGAAGCCCCGUUUCGAGCAUGGCGUUCGCAGUCGUACCUUCAACGACGGAGUGUUGGAGUUGUUCGAGGAGCCUGACCUUGAUGGCUUCCCGAAGGGUCCUCGCAUCACGCUGGGCACCGCACAGAGUUUGAGGUCUCAGGGGCUGACCUGGCAGACCCAGGCUCGUGAGUGGCCCGUCGCGGCUCGCAUUCCUCCUGGGGACAGGUCGGUGCACGAGUACAAGCUGAUCUGUGAGGUUCUGAAUGCGUUGCAGUGCAUCGAUCAGUGUAACCUGCCGAACCUGGUAGGGGCCGAGCUCCUGGUGAGGCGCAAGAGCGUGCUGGAGGAGGCACACGCCUCGUCUCCCAGCAACCCGGACUACAGCGCAGCCGACAUCAUGAUGAGCUGGGCUGAGACGAGGGGCACGGGGAGCACUCCUGAGUCACUCAUGAGCUACACCGCUAACAGGCUGAAGGACAAGGGAGCGAUCUUGAAGGAGAAGAGGAAGGCAGUCGAUGAGUCCAGGCUCGGGGGAAAAGGUCAGCCCUCGAAGGACAAGGACAAGGGCACCAAGCAUCGCUGCAGGAGGCUGCAGCAGCGCUUCGACCGCAGGAAGGCAGUUCUGAGCCGCGCCGUCGACUCCGUCAAGGCGCUGAAUUGGUUGCAUGGUGGGCGCCAGCCGCCAAGUUUUUCGAGUCCGACCCUGUCGCAGGCUACGGCUCUUCAGCACCUUCUGGACGUCCAUCGGACUGACGUCCCGGAGAUCGUUAAUGCCGAGGCAGCCCGCGUGGAGUUGCUCGGCGCAGGACAGGACUACGCUGGUGGUCCUGAACUUCCCAUCGCGAGUUACGACAAGGAUCUGCUCUCCAUGCCCCAGCUUGGGGCGGAGCCCGUCGACCUGUCCACGGUGCUGGAGGGCAGGGCCAGAGAAUGUCUCGUUAACUUCGACGAGGAGAUCUUGCACGGUCCCGACGAUUGGGGCCAUAUUACUGAGUGUGAGGAGCAUGUUAAACCGUAUAUGGAUCCAGUGCUUAAGUCCGACGCUGACGCUUACUUCGACUUCGUGAUGAGGGGUCACAGGAUGCGUGAGAGCCCCUACGUUCGGCUGGGAGGGCCGGCUGAUGUUGCUCGGCUACUGCACUCGCGCGGCGACGGGGACCCGUACGUGGCCCUCGGCGACGUGAAGGAUUAUUUUCAUUGCUGCGGGCUUCCACCAGGUGACAGCAUCUUUCCACAGUCCAGGGUCGUUCCCAUGGGGUGGUCUUGGGCCUGUUACUUUGCGCAGUCUGCUACGACGUCCCUGGUGCAUCGUUUCUCGGGCUCCGAGGGUGACAGCUUCCUGGAAUCCUGUAAGCCUCCUCCUGGUCUCGAUCGGCCCGCUUACAACGUCUACAUAGACAACAUUAGCAUCUUUGGCCAAGGUAAGUCACAGACCGAUAGGAUCGCCAACCAGGUUUUCGACGGGGUCGAGAGUGUCGGCUUUAGGGUUCACGAGCGCGCGUCUGCCAGCAAGUGGGCUCUUACGCUCGGCCUUGAGAUCGACUUCUUGUAUAGCACGGUCCAAGGAAAAAGGCAAAAGAGGUGGAAGUUGAAGGCAGUUUUGGAUUGGUUGGCAGGUGCUCCGUACGUGUCGGGUAAGGAGAUUGAGAGACUCCUGGGCCAUACCACCUUCCACUUCGGUCCUAAUCGGCUAUUCUUGUCCAUCUUUAACAAUGCCUAUGACUUCAUUCGUUCGAGUUACACCUCUCGAGUGCGCCUCUGGCCCUCGGUGGCUAGGGAGCGCUGGGCCGCUGGGUGUCUUAUCUCGUUCGCGUUCGCCGAUCUGGGAAGGGACUUCGACCCGCACGUGAGCUGUUUCGACGCUAGUACGUGUGGGGCAGGGGUCGUCACGGCGCCUUGGGACUCGGCCCAGGUUCGUUCUGAAUGCGAAUGGGACGAGAGGUGGCGUUUCAAGUGGGAUGUGUGCGAUCGAGUUGCGCCCAGGGGCAACAACUUCUCAUCGCUGGACUGGGGGGGCAUCGAAAGCGUCAAGCCUUGUCGUGACAGGUCGUCGCUCUGGUCGCUGGACAAGUCGUUCAGAGAGGUCCCGAAAGAGAACCUCGUGGGCCCCACGUGGACCAAGGCGGACCCGCUGGACACGGUGCUGGCCGAGAAGACACGUCGGUCGGCUCGACGCCUGGUGCUCAAGCGUCAGAGGGCGUUGAAGCGGGUUCGUGCCGUAGGGGGCGUGGUUCCAGCCCUGAGGGCUCUGAAGGGCGAGCGCGCAGUGCUGGAGAGCUCUCACCCGUCGACUCCCGUCAGGAGGGACUACUGUCGGCGGCUCGACAAGUUCUGGGAGUUCGGGCGAAGCCAAGGUCUCUUCUUGGCCAACCUGAAAGUUUGCGACGACGCGCUGUGCGACUUUGCCGACCUGCUGUUCCUGGACGGCGAGCAGGUCGACGCGGGGACCAAGCUCCUGGCCGCCCUGGAGGACCACGACGUGCAGCGGUUCGGCAAGCCCAGCCUUCCUCGGUUUCGACGAGUUCUUCGAGCUUGGCAUCGGAAGGGGCCUGUGGGCAGCAGGGACCCUCUACCGUUCCGCCUCUUGGCGGGCAUCCUGGGCGUCCUGUCGCUCCACGGCUUUCACGAGGAGGUGCUGGCGCUGGCCCUCAUGUUAUGCUGCUACCUGCGCCCGUCCGAGCUCCUGACGGUGGUCGAAGGCGACCUCCUCGAGCCGGUGGCCAACGCGGGCGUGGCCCUCGCGUGCUGGAGUCUGCUCCUGCGGCCGUUCGAGAGGGAGGAGCCGACCAAGGUCGGCCAGUUCGACGACACGCUCCCGCUCGACAGCCCCGACUUCCCCGGCUUAGGGGCCCUCCUUGCUGGCUUGCGCGGAGGGGGCGCGGAGGUCUGGCUCUUCAGUUUCAGCCAGACACAGCUGCUGCGCCGCUUCCAGGCGGCUUGUCGCGCGGCGGGCCUGGGCUCGCUGAACCUCGAGAUGCACCAGCUGCGCCACGGAGGGGCGUCGAGGGAUUUCCUGAUGAAGACGAGGGAGAUUCAGGCGGUCAAGCAGCGAGGGCGCUGGGCGAACGAUCGCACCUUGCUCCGCUACAUGAAGGCGGGCAGGGUGCAGAGGCUUCACAAGGCUCUGACGCCCGAGGCCAGCCGCUGGAGCCUGCCGCGGUCUCUCGGCGGCGGGUUUGUGAUCGAGGUCUUCUCGGGCAGCGGGCGGCUGGCCAAAUCCUUCGCGGAGCUUGGCAUCCCGGCGCUGACCUGGGACAUCGAGCACGACCCCGCUGGCGACCUGCUGGACAACGACGUGCUGCGCUGUGUGCUGUCGCACAUCGCCUCGGGUAGGACUGGAAAGCCCCACGUCGAGCUUCGGGGCAAAGACCCGACAGGAACCUUCUGG